GCGGGCUCCGGCACAGGCUCGGGCUCCGGCAUGGUGCAAUCCGGCCCCGUCCCGGGAGAGCGGGGCCCGCGUGCGGGGCCGGCGCCGGGGGAGCGGCGGCAAAGACGGUGGCGGUGGUGGUUGCAGGCGCAGGCAGGCGGCAGGUGCUAGAAGCGGGGCUGGGCGAGGUGUGUGCCCGCUGGGCUCCGGGGCCGCCGCUCCCUCACUGCCCCCACCUCUCCCUCCCUUCGGGCUUCCCAGCGCGUCCAGCCCCCUGUCUCCGCGACCCGGCCCAUGGCGCCCCGCGGUUGAGCCGGCGCCGCCAGGGACCCCUCCCGCGGGCCUCCCCGGGGCGCGCAGAUCCCAGAGCCGCCCGCCCACCAUCCGCGGAGCCCCCCUCCCCUCCUCGCCCGAGUCGGGCGGGACCAUGGCUGCGAAGCUGCGAGCGCAUCAGGUGGACGUGGACCCGGACUUCGCGCCGCAGAGCCGGCCGCGCUCGUGUACCUGGCCCCUGCCGCAGCCAGACUUGGUCGGCGACGAGGACGGAGCGCUGGGUUCAGGGGUGGCCGAGGGCGCUGAGGACUGCGGGCCGGAGCGCCGAGCCACAGCCCCGCCGAUGGCCCCAGCGCCGCCGCUGGGCGCGGAGGUCGGACCGCUGCGGAAAGCGAAGAGCUCCCGGCGGAACGCGUGGGGGAACCUGUCCUACGCCGACCUCAUCACCAAAGCCAUCGAGAGCGCCCCGGACAAGCGGCUCACGCUCUCGCAGAUCUACGACUGGAUGGUCCGUUACGUGCCCUACUUCAAGGAUAAAGGCGACAGCAACAGCUCGGCCGGCUGGAAGAACUCCAUCCGGCACAACCUGUCUCUGCACACCCGGUUUAUCCGCGUGCAGAACGAGGGCACAGGCAAGAGCUCCUGGUGGAUGCUGAACCCUGAGGGCGGAAAGACGGGCAAGACCCCGCGGCGCAGGGCCGUGUCCAUGGACAACGGGGCCAAGUUCCUGCGCAUCAAGGGCAAGGCCAGCAAGAAGAAGCAGCUGCAGGCACCGGAGCGAAGCCCCGACGACAGUCCCCAGGGUGCGCCAGCCCGGGGACCCGUGCCUGCCGCGGCCAAGUGGGCCACGAGCCCGGCCUCGCACGCCAGCGACGACUACGAGGCGUGGGCCGACUUCCGCGGAGGCGGGAGACCCCUGCUCGGGGAGGCGGCCGAACUGGAGGACGACGAGGCCCUGGAGGCCCUGGCGCCGUCGUCGCCGCUCAUGUACCCGAGCCCGGCGAGCGCGUUGUCGCCCGCGCUGGGUGCGCGCUGCCCGGGGGAGCUGACCCGCCUGGCCGAGCUCGGGGGCCCGCUGGGCCUGCACGGCGGCGGCGGGGCGGGGCUGCCCGAGGCGCUGCUGGACGGCUCGCAGGAUGCGUACGGGCCGCGGGCCCGCGCCGGGACGCCCGCCUACUUCGGCGGCUGCAAGGGCGGUGCCUACGGCGGGGGCGGGGGCUUCGGGCCGCCGGCACUGGGCGCGCUGCGCCGCCUGCCCAUGCAGACCAUCCAGGAGAACAAGCAGGCCAGCUUUGCGCCGGCCGCCGCGCCCUACCGCCCGGGGGCGCUGCCCGCGCUGCUGCCGCCACCGCCACCCGCGCCCAGGCCCGGCCCUGUGCUGGGCGCGCCCGGGGAGCUGGCGCUGGCGGGCGCGGCCACCGCCUACCCGGGCAAGGGGGUGGCCCCGUACGCGCCGCCGGCGCCCUCGCGCAGUGCCUUAGCCCACCCCAUCAGCCUUAUGACGCUGCCCGGCGAGGCGGGCGCGGCGGGAGUGGCGCCGCCGGGCCACGCGGCCGUCUUCGGGGGUCCCCCAGGCGGCCUCCUGCUGGACGCGCUGCCGGGGCCGUACGCGGCAGCUGCCGCAGGGCCUCUGGGUGCCGCGCCCGACCGCUUCCCGGCCGACCUGGACCUCGACAUGUUCAGCGGGAGCCUCGAGUGCGACGUCGAGUCCAUCAUCCUCAACGACUUCAUGGACAGCGACGAAAUGGACUUCAACUUCGACUCGGCCCUGCCGCCGCCGCCGCCCGGCCUGGCUGGGGCCCCGCCCCCCAACCAGAGCUGGGUGCCGGGCUGAGGGCCGCCUCCCGCGCCCCCGGUGCCCUUGCCCCGCCCCCGACCCCAGGGGCCUGUGUCUUCCCAUCCUGAUCCCCGGGUCCCCACUCCCAUUCCCGCUCCACGGAGGGGAUCCAGGAGGCAGCCCCAACCCAGCUAGAGACAUCCCUCGGAAGCUGACCGCAGAGGGAAGUGCUAGGG